AUCAUAUUAAUCUCUCUUAAGUCAAAAAUGGGCCAGCAGCAGUCCGGUUUCGGUGGAAAAGGAAAUGAAAGAGGUGGAGGUGAUGCUGAUAAAGAGAAGAAGAAGAAGUAUGAGGCCCCAAUACCAUCAAGAAUUGGAAAGAGAAAGAAGGGAUCGAAGGGACCAGAUACUGCUAGCAAACUCCCUGCAAUAACUCCUCAUGCUCGUUGUCGGCUGAAGCUUUUGAAAAGCGAAAGAAUAAAGGAUUAUCUUCUUAUGGAGCAGGAGUUUAUUCAAAAUCAAGAGCGCUUAAAGCCACAAGAGGAGCGACAAGAAGAGGAGCGAACAAAGGUGGACGAGCUUCGCGGCACUCCGAUGGCUGUAGGAUCUCUUGAAGAAAUCAUCGACGAUCAGCACGCUAUUGUUUCAACUGUACGUGUUUUUCCUUUGACAUUGCUCGCUUCUUCUAAAAUGUGCUUUCAGAAUGUUGGAAGUGAGCAUUAUGUUAAUAUAAUGUCUUUUGUCGACAAGGAGCAGCUCGAGCCUGGCUGUGCUGUUCUACUCAAUCACAAGAACCAUGCUGUAAUCGGAGUUCUUGCUGAUGAUGCUGAUCCAAUGGUGUCAGUGAUGAAAUUGGAGAAAGCCCCACAGGAAACCUACGCUGACGUUGGGGUGAUCCUUUAUGGAUGUCCUGGUACUGGAAAAACGCUACUCGCAAAAGCUGUAGCUAAUCAGACUUCCGCCACCUUCCUUCGAAUUUCAAUCGUGUUCAUUGAUGAGAUCGAUGCUGUUGGCACAAAACGAUAUGAUUCCAACUCCGGAGGAGAGCGCGAGAUUCAGCGUACUAUGCUGGAAUUGCUCAACCAACUUGACGGAUUUGAUUCUCGUGGAGAUGUCAAGGUGCUGAUGGCUACCAACCGUAUUGAGUCCUUGGAUCCUGCUUUGAUUCGUCCUGGCCGUAUUGACAGAAAAAUCGAAUUCCCUUUACCUGAUGAGAAGACAAAGAGGAGAAUUUUCCAGAUUCACACAUCUCGAAUGACACUCAGCGAUGAUGUCAAUCUAGAAGAAUUUAUUCUGGCGAAGGAUGAAUUAAGUGGUGCAGACAUCAAGGCCAUGUGCACUGAAGCUGGUUUACUUGCUCUUCGUGAACGUCGCAUGCGGGUCACCAUGGAAGAUUUCCAGAAAUCUAAGGAGAAUGUGCUCUAUAGGAAGAAAGAGGGAGCUCCGGAAGAACUUUACUUGUAA